AUGGUGGGGGGCAGCCAGCUGGAGAAUGCCAAUCCGCUCAUCUACCAGCGGAGCGGGGAGCGCCAGGUGACGGCUCAGGACGAGGAUGAGGAGCUGCACGACAAGAUCGACGAUCGGGAGAUAUUCGAUCUCAUUCGUUCCAUCAAUGACCCAGAACACCCGCUGAGCCUGGAGGAGCUGAAUGUUGUGGAGGAGAUCCGGGUCAAGGUAAAUGAUGAGGAGAGCUCCGUGUCCGUGGAAUUCACUCCCACAAUCCCACAUUGCAGCAUGGCCACCCUGAUCGGAUUGUCUAUUAAAGUUAAGCUUCUGCGCUCUCUGCCAGAGAGGUUUAAGGUAGAUGUCCAUAUUACCCCUGGAACGCAUGCUUCUGAACACGCAGUCAAUAAACAGUUGGCGGACAAAGAGCGCGUGGCGGCUGCUUUAGAGAAUUCACACUUGUUGGAAGUUGUGAACCAGUGCCUGUCUGCAAGAUCCUGA